UAAAUACGGAUUUAUGCAUCGACAUUCACAAAUUUACUCCCAAGUUAGUGUUACUGCAGCUUGAGUUAGCUAAUCCUUUAUGAUUUAAACUGUAACAGGGCAAUAUAAAAUAUCUCAACUUGAGAAGGAAUGUGGGACUUAUAGAGUAAUCUUUAAUGGCUGUUACGAUGGAGAUUGCUAAUUUUCUCGUGUUUUAAUUAUCUAGGAGUAACACAUAGCUCAACAAAAUGCAAUCACGGCCAAUUACUAAUUGAAAAUUGACUGAAGAUAACGGUAUUAAAAAAGACUAAAUAAAAAUUGAACUAAUUGUUGUUAUUUUCUAGCAUUGCGAUCUUCACUCUUAGCACUAGGCAGGGCAUUCUGCAAAUUAAUGGCAUUGCUUUUUGGGAGCUAUUUAUAGGUGGCAGCAGUGUAAGUGUGCCAGGUGUACCUACCUGCAGUGAGGAGAUGUCAGGAGUCUGAGCGGAAAAGGGAUAAAAACCCAAACACCAAAGAGAAAGGAACAGGGAUUAGCUCCCAACAAUGACGACACAGAGACAACCGGCCAAUAGUCAUGAAUUGAAAGAAUUUGACAACGUGAAGGAAUCAAUCACUGACAUCAUUAACCAACUCCAAGACAUUGAUCCAAGCCGUCUCUCCUUUUCUCCAUUUUUGGAUCUGGACACCCAGAUUACCUUAGCACCUAUCUCAGAUAGCCCUGAGUCAUCAGUGGAAGAACUUCACUCCCUGUCUGAUGAAAAUAUUGGGCACUUAACUGAAUCUCUUACACAAACCAAAAGGCAGCAGUGCAGUGAAGUCCAACAGAAGGUGAUGAACCAUCAGACCAUGCAGAAAGGCGGGAGUUUGAAUAUGAUUAAUAUAGAGCUGGUCAAAAAUCACACACUUCCAUGCACAGAAGCCAAGAACAAGGAAGCAGACAAUGUGUCUCUUAUCAUCACCAGGGAAACCUCAUUUCUGACCGAUGAGAAAGUAUCUUUCUCGGAGCCGUCAUCUCCCAGCGAAGCAAGAACAUUUCCUCCUCAGAAUUUCAUUGCCAAGGUGGCAGAAGAGAACUUAGGAGUGCUGGAGAAGUCACAUAAGUUCACCAGCCAGGCUUCAGAGAUCCAGCCAUUGCUAGGCCCAUCGCCUGACACCGAGACCAUUGACCUGAUUUCAAGUGACUCUGAGCGCAACGCGUCAGCCGAGUCCUCACACAAGGAAGUGACGACAGCAGUCAAAGGAAGUAAGAAAUGCUGCCCAUGCUGUCAGUACUGCUCCACUUCUCACCUUAAAGCGAUAUCAUCUGUCUUUGUUGCUCUGAUUUUUAUACCUUGGAUCCUCUAUGGCCUUUAUUUGUUUGUGCCUUUCGAUCCACCACCCUGUCCAGAUCUAACGAGUCGAAUGACAUUUACACUACGUUGCAAUGUAAUCGCAAUAGCACCAGUUUUAUUUGGUGUUGUAAUAGGCUCCCUAUCCCGGCUUUGUUCUACGGCAAUUGAUCCCUUGGACACUAAUGUUCGCGCUGUUCUUAUCCAUCAGAGAUAUGUUGGCAACUCCAUUGAACAGUUUACACUCUACUUUAUCAACAUGGCUGUCAUGGCAACUUAUCUCCACCAGGAGCACCUGAAGAUCAUUCCUAUAUUAGCAGGACUCUUUGCAGUGGCAAGAUUGGUAUAUUGGAUUACAGCUGGAUUAAGCAGUGCCUAUCGUGGAUUUGGAUUUGGGCUGACAUUUUUCCCAACCUUGGCGAUGGUAGCCUACAAUUUAUACUGCAUGUAUGAACUGGGACUCGAUCACUACUUUAUCCCAGCUGAGAAUGGAGGGCCCACACGAGCUCCCGCCCCAAGACUGAGAUGGUGGGGUCUUGGAGGUUGAA